AGCAUACUGAAUUCUUCACUUAACCACACGCUCAACACAUACGAUUCUUUAUCUCACAAUAUUCCUUCCAUUCACAUCCAUAACCAGAACUAGAAAGGACGAUCACGUUCCAAGUCUCUUGCUUAUGCGGUAACACGUUGCAAAAAGCCGCACUUAUGCAGGCGCAAUGGACCCGGGCGCCGUUUCGCCUGGCAGGGCGUUCAUGUCCGCGGUCCAUCUACAAUACAGGCAGCUCACUCCCGUCCACCGCCCUGCCAACAUCCAUCCUCUCCGGAUUUAGUUCGACGUUACAGCCAUGGCCCUCACCACUCCCAACCCAUCUAAUCACCCGCCCCUCGUCUUCAGCCUCGUCCCGCUGGAAACAGCGCCAGGGGGCCGACCAUUUUGCGCGCGAGGCCCGGGUGAUGGGGCUUAAGUCGCGUGCCGCCUUCAAGCUCCUUGAGCUCGACGCCAAGUACCACCUCUUUAGGCGGGGCAAAGGGCAGGUUGUUGUGGACCUGGGGUUUGCGCCGGGGUCGUGGUCGCAGGUGGCCGUGGACCGGACGGCGCCCGACGGCCGCGUCGUCGGCAUCGACAUCAUCCCCGCGCAGCCGCCGCGCGGGGUGAGCACCAUCCAGGGCAAUUUCCUGUCUCCCGGGGUGCAGGCUAUGGUGAAGCAGUUUCUGCUGGACGGGGAAAAGAGGAGGAGGGCGGAGUUGGCGGCUGGAAAGGGGAAGGGGAAGCCGGCUGAAGCCGAGACCGAGACCACCGGCGAGGAGGACGCUGAGGGUGAGGAGAGCAUCACGGACCGCCCGAGUUACAUCGACCUGGAACGUAUGGCCGCGCUCGACAUCGAAGUCGGGUCAGUCUCACCCUCAUCCUCCUCCCCCACGACAGCAACAACAGACAACACCAUUUCCAAGGAUGUCAAGUCCAAGCCAAAUCUCCGGUUGGUAGACGUGCGUUGACCCAAGCCAUCUCGUCCGGUCCCCCAGGAUCCGUUUUCUGAAACGCAAGACCCAAGCAACAACGAGCCCUUUCACCUAACUGGUCUAACUCGUGGGAACAGGUAGUUCUCAGCGACAUGUCAGCACCCUGGCCCCAGACCCACGGCUUCUCCAUCCGCAGUUUGAGUAACCCGCAUAUCAGGAUGAUGAAUACGAGCGGCGUCGCCUUUCGGGACCACGCCGGGAGCAU